CUGACAUACUCCACAUUUCUCUUUGGAUUUAUUCAUUUCGACUAUUUUCUUGUAUUGCUGUAGAAAGUUCUAGCGCGUGGAAUAUGGCACUUCUCUCAGACAAGGCUUAUGCUGGGUUUGAACUCCUAGAUCUUCUCCUUGAGCAGCCCCAGAAGACUUCUCAUAUGGAUGGUAAUGGUGAUCAUGUCAACCCCACCUGGUCAAUCACAGAUCAAAGAGAGACUGUGUGGCAUGGUGUAGGUGUUGUUGAUAACUUCCUGGACUCCCUACUGCGUACAUCAGAAUGUGUGUUGAAUCCCUGCUCACCUCUGUGGGUCUCGUCCCCUUGUGACAGCGGAAUCAGUGACGACACCCCAUCAGAUCACCUGGACAGCCCCCCGCCACCCCACAGCCCACUUUUCGACUCCGUCUUCCACCCUCACCAUCCUCAUCUUCAUCCUCAGGGUAUUCCUCAACAGAUAGAGGAGCACGGUGUACUUCCUGCAAACACAGGGCCUGAUUUCUCCAUUGAUCUGGCUGAUUGGGAGGCAUGUCUACUCUCAGAUCGUCUGACAGACUCUGAGUGUAUGUCAACAGUGCAGAGAGUUCAACCAACUCCAGUUUACCAGCUCACCGUUAAGGACCUGCUUCUCUCCAGUAUCGGAGAACCGUCAAAACCAUCCGCCCAGCAAUUGCAGCAGAAUCUGGUUCUAAGUGAAGAUGAAAAGAAACUUUUAGCCAAAGAAGGAGUCAGUCUCCCCAGCCAGCUGCCUCUUAACAAGUAUGAAGAGAAGAUUUUGAAGAAAAUUCAGAGGAAAAUCCGUAACAAGCAGUCAGCGCAGGAAAGUCGGAAGAAAAAAAAGGAAUACGUCGAUGGAUUGGAGGACAGGAUGGCUGCCUGCAGCACCCAGAAUCUGGAAUUACAGAGGAAAGUCCUACAGCUGGAGAAGACCAACAUGUCUCUGAUGGAGCAGCUGCGUAGUCUGCAGUCUCUGGUGAUGAACAGCUCCAGUAAACUUGCUCAAACUGGCACCUGCAUCCUGGUGCUGGUCCUCUCUUUCUCUCUCAUUCUGAUCCCAAGCCUCCAGCCCAUCUCCCACAGGAGGGCCACUGGCCCUGCGGACUUCGGCACUGCCAAAGUUCAGUCCAGGUCACUGCGCUCUGUGAUGGAGGUGUACAGCAUGCAGGCCGGCUUCUCCGUGGAAAGGGAUGCUGACGUGUCCUCUUCGCCUCGUGCAAAACUUCGGCUCAGACCUGAGUAUGCCGACAUGGACUCCCUGCUUAACAACCAUAGCCAUGGAGACCAUGAGCAUCACAACGGUGACCCCAUAACGGGUCACGCAGCCACACUGAACUGGAUAAUGCACCCAGAGAAAGGACUGCAUCAUCAGAAAGACAGGAAGGGAUAGGCGGGAUUGACUAUCGGCAAAAGGCCGCUAGUCCAUGUUGCAGCUUAUUCUGGCCAAGAACCGCCCACUUAGACAGGACGAGACUGUCUGACUGACAUGUAAAGUGACCAAUCACAGUCCGUUUUGUUUUAUGCUUUUUAGGGGCGGGUUUUCUGGAAUAGAUUAUACCACAAUAAAAGACUGGUGUGUAAAAAGGAAUAAUUCAAACAAUGGUGCAGCAGUCUCCGCAAAAUGUUGCACAGAGAAUGCUGAAAAAAAUAGCAGAAAAUGUGCGUAGACUUGGUGGUCAGAAAUCAUGUCCUUUAAAAGUACUGAUUAUUUUGCAGCUAUUAUUCAGAAAAAAAUAGCAGUAUGUCUUUGAGACAUCUGAUGCCACUAAAGCCGAAUUUAUGUAAUGGAAGAAGCUGAAAUUUCUUUCUCCUGAAAAAACUAAAGGCGAAAUAAUUUUACUAUGUGUGGUGUUGUUGUGGAAAUAAAUAAGGAACAUGACUUCCCAACAAUUAGUUUUAACCAAUCAUCAACGCUCUUCCACUAGCCGAGUUCUCCAUGGUGAAGAUUUUCAAGAAUGUGUGCGAACAGCAAAAAUAUCACCAAAUGAACCUUAGCACAACAAAAAACAUUAGUGAAUUUCUUCAUAAUUGUUCGCCAAGUAAGUACAAAUUAGUUUUAACUUGAUAAGCUUUGGUAAAUCCAAUAAUUAAUUCUUCCUAAAAAAAGUGUCCAUUGUAUCAACCUAGUAGCCACUUUUUAAACACAGUUUAGUUUUGAGGCAGACUGAUAAAAAAACAAAAAAACAAAAACGGUGUGCUUUAGUUCCGGAAGUUGGGUAAGCCCAGCCAAUCGGAUCAGAGCUUGCUGUUUUGUGUGCAAAAUACAUGUGAUGGCAAGUGAACAGACUUUGAGCAGUCCGCAGGCAUGCGAUCUGAGGGUGAGACUAGGAAACAGUAUCCACAAGGUUGCGCCAAAACUUAGAUGUAUUUUGGCCUGUGUUUUAAACCUUAGGGAAGAGAGUAAUCAUUCAAUGCUGCACAUCGCAACAAGAGAAAAGUUCCUGCCAAGCAUUUUGCAGGUCACUCUGCAAAGAUCACUUUUGCCUCAGCUGUUUGAUGAACUCAGAUUGAUGAAUAGACGGCAAAUCAAGCAAGCAACUGCAUGCAGCCACAGCAACUCUGGCCGCUAAAUUUUAGCUCUUGCGUUCUUUUUGCUGGCAUUAAUGCCAAACCCAAUAUUCAGUUCUCAGUCUCAGCAUAGACAACCCGAUCAGACCAAUUUCAGCUCCUGAAUGAGGUCCAACUUGUCCUCACAAAAACUUCAUGUUGCAGUUCCUUUUGUGUUAAUAAUGCAAAAAUCUUAAUCCGAGAGGUCUCUGAAAAAGUGUUUGAAUGUAAUCAUAUUCUAUAACCCAUUCUGUUCAGUGCACAGAACUCCCUAAAGCAAUGUGACUCACGGUCAAGCAUGGUUCCUGAAUUCUAAACAACAAUUUUUGUGGCUCCAUGCAAUAGAUUCGUGAUCUGUUAAAUAUUAUUUAUAACAAGCGGCUGCAAACUCUUUAAUGGUUGCAUAAAUAACCAGAAAAGAAAGCUGUAGUUUGUUCUCAGAGGCAUUUACCCCUGGUCAGUUUGUACUCACUCUCUUGCUCCUUAGUCGACCUUCGUAAACCUGCAGCUGUUGCUUAACAAUGGAAAUAUCUGUAUAAUUGGGCCCGUGGAGUUACUGCACAUAUUGACACUGUAAAAUCAACAGUGGUAAAGGGCAUUUAUUGGUGUCAGUUUGUUAAAAAGCACCACUGCCUUUCGCUCCAACGUGCAUGCAUGUUUCAAGUGCAGAAAUUAAUUGUUGAUAUGCUUUAGAGGUGGAGGAGAGGGCAAAAAGGAAUAACAAUUACCCCUGUUUCCACCAGCUCAUGAGGUCAGUCCUUCUGCAUCGAAACACAGCACCACUGGCUUUCAGUCUGCUUGGGUUGAGUUCUACAAAAUGCAGUGUAACCUUGGAAGGAACGGAAGGGGGAGCAUAGACAUUAUUUACUGAACAUCUCUCCAUCCCUGUGGGUUUCUUUAAAUAGUUGAUAUCUUUGACAUUUUGAAAAGCAUAAUUGAAUCAUUGAGUAUAUCGAAUUUUACUAAGGAAUAGCUCUGAAAAAAAAAACCAUAGCUCAUUUUUCAGGAGUUCAGAAAGAGUUGAGAAAGGGUUUCUUUUUCUCAAGGUAAAUGGUUUUAGAAGAAUCUCGAAAAGAUAGAAGAUGCUGACUGACUUCAAUGUUAUGUAUUUUUUUUUUUUUCUGAAUGUAGAUUCAUUUCCAGUUGUAAAUAAAUGACCACUGGUAUUGUGUGUAAAUGCUGUGUGGGUAUUGCUUCAUCCCAGUCGUCUUAAAUAAAAAUGUC